CGACAAAGCGAGAAAAAUUAUUUUCCACUCCAGAAAUUAAUGAUCAUGAGCUCGUAUUUGAUGGACUCUAACUACAUCGAUCCGAAAUUUCCUCCAUGCGAAGAAUAUUCGCAAAAUAGCUACAUCCCUGAACACAGUCCGGAAUAUUACGGCCGGACCAGGGAAUCGGGAUUCCAGCAUCACCACCAGGAGCUGUACCCACCACCGCCUCCGCGCCCUAGCUACCCUGAGCGCCAGUAUAACUGCACCAGUCUCCAGGGGCCGGGCAAUUCGCGAGGCCACGGGCCGGCCCAGGCGGGCCACCACCACCCUGAGAAAUCGCAGCCGCUCUGCGAGCCGGCGCCUCUCUCAGGCGCCUCCGCCUCCCCGUCCCCAGCCCCGCCAGCCUGCAGCCAGCCAGCCCCCGACCAUCCCUCCAGCGCCGCCAGCAAGCAACCCAUAGUCUACCCAUGGAUGAAAAAAAUCCACGUUAGCACGGUGAACCCCAAUUAUAACGGAGGGGAACCCAAGCGCUCGAGGACAGCCUACACCCGGCAGCAAGUCCUGGAAUUAGAGAAAGAGUUUCAUUACAACCGCUACCUGACCCGGAGGAGAAGGAUCGAGAUCGCCCACUCGCUGUGCCUCUCUGAGAGGCAGAUCAAAAUCUGGUUCCAAAACCGCCGCAUGAAAUGGAAGAAGGACCACCGACUCCCCAACACCAAAGUCAGGUCAGCGCCCCCGGCCGGCGCUGCGCCCAGCACCCUCUCGGCAGCCACCCCGGGCACUUCUGAAGACCACUCCCAGAGCGCCACGCCGCCGGAGCAGCAACGGGCAGAGGACAUUACCAGGUUAUAAAACAUAACUCACACCCCUGCCCCCAACUCCCCGUGCCCCCACCCUCCCCUCACACACAAAUUGACUCUUAUUUAUAGAAUUUAAUAUAUAUAUAUAUUUUGGUUCUUUUCUCUCUUCCUCCCCACCUUGUCCCUUGUCAAUUCCAAACAGACAAAACAGAUAAACAAACAAGCCCCCUGCCCUUCUCUCCUUUCCACUGUUAAGGAACCCUUUAAGCAUGUGAUGUUGUCUUAGCAUGGUACCUGCUGGGUUUUUUCUCAAAGGCCACUUUGGGGGGUUAUUUAUUUUUUAAGAAAAAAAAAAAGCUGCAAAAAUUAUAUAUUACACAGUGCGAUGGUCUGGUUUGGGUGAAUUCAGGGGAAAUGAGGAAAAGAAAAAAGGAAAGAGAUUUUUAAGCCAAUUCUCAUCCUUCUUCUCCUCCUCCUCCUUCCCCCCUCUUUCUUUAGGCCUUUUGCAUUGAAAAUGCACCAGGGGAGGUUAGAGAGGGGGAAGUCAUUUUAAGGAGAACAAAGCUAUGAAGUUCUUUUGUAUCAUUGUUGGGGGGGGGUGGGAGGAGAGGGGGGGAAAGAGAGCAGACAAAGCUAA